AUGAGCAAAGGCGGCGGCCCGCUAGGAGCUGCUCCAGUCACAUCGCUGUACCCACUCUCCCCCGCAGCAGACGCUCUGACAGCUCGCUUUCAGCGCUUUCAAUGCACAAAGCCCUCGGAGGAAGGUGAAGUCAUCCCGGAUAGCGAGGAGGAGAGAUUGCGCCCGUCCACACAGCAUGAAUCGAAGUUGCCCGGCAGGCGAUACUCUAAUGUCAUUGAGAUAUCGUCAGACGAGGAUGACGUGCCAACAUGUGCGCGCCCACGUCUGUGCCCUCGGACACCAAAAGCGAAUGACUUUGCUACCCCUCGCCGACGUCGUAUACGUAUACUCAACAGUCCAAGCUCUGACAAGAAUGUAGAGACGAAGCCUGCAAUACCCCGCAAGCAGGGCAAGGUAUCAUGUACCCCGGUAAAGCCUACUGAAGUUGUCAUCGACCUGACUUACAGCUCCCCGGAUGAGGACGAGGAUUCUCCGGCCAAGCGUCAGAGUACAAAACGCAGCGUGCUUGUGACACCUUUAUGCGUGAACGACAGUAAUGAAAAUAACGACGACGACGGUGCGAUACUCGUAUUAAAUGAGCCUCCGCGGGCACGCAAGCCCAUUAUGCGCGUUCGGAUUGACGACGAACCCAAUGCGGAUCCUUUUGCCGCCUGCACUCCCGUCUCACGCGCGCCGUCAGACUCAGACUCAGAGUCUGACCCCAAAGCAAUAGCGCGCGUGUCGAAGCGCGCCCCCGCAUCUACUCCGCAGAAGAAAACAGGCAGACCACCCCGCCUGACUAAGAAGGCGCUGGCUGCAGCAGAGCAGGCGAGGAGGGAGAGCUAUGCCCGUGAACUGUUUGACGAGCUGAACCAUGAAAUUUUCGAAGGCGGCAUUCCGUCUGAGACGCAGCUGAAAUGGAGCAACAGAUUGCUUACGACGGCCGGUAGGGCAAGGUGGCACAGAUCGAAAGAUGGUGUACAAACCUCGGAGAUUGAGCUUGCCACUAAAGUUCUUGACUGUGAUGAGCGGAUCCGAAAUACGCUGUCGCACGAGAUGUGCCAUCUCGCAUGCUGGAUCAUAAACGAGAAUCCAAAAGAGGCGCAUGGACCUACGUUUCAAAAAUGGGCAAGAGAUGUCAUGAGAGCGCGCCCAGAGAUUGAAGUUACGACCCGACACGAUUAUGAAAUCACGUACAAGUAUCAAUGGAAAUGCCAACAAUGCGAUAAAAUCUAUGGACGUCAUAGCAAGUCCAUUCGGCCGGACGAAUGCGUCUGCGGCGCAUGUAACGAGGGCAAGUUAAUUCCACUCUUCGACACUCCACAGCGGGCGCCUCGGACACCGAAGAACAAGGCGGGUAGCCAGCUAGCCGCCUCGAAAAGUCGCGAUUCCCCUUUGGCCGUACCUUCGCCGGUUGGCGACGCAGACGCCGUGGACGUGCAGGACACGCCCGUACGUUCGCGCUCUGGCCUUGCGAGCUUGCCCGAGUCUCUCGUGCGUGCGGGAGAUUCGGAUAUUGAGACCUUAGCGCACGUCUUUGGUGCUAUUUCUAUUACGAGCGAUAGGAGUGCUUGA